AUGGGAAACAGGGCAAAAUUAUGCUUUACUCUUUUCUUGGUAGUUACAGUGUUUUCUCAUUUGAAGAGUUAUGGUGCUGCAGUCGAGGCUGGAGAUACUCUUUCGUUGGGUGCCUCGCUUGCUGGAAACCAGACAAUAUUUUCCAAGAAUGGCACAUUUGAGUUGGGAUUCUUCAGCCCAAAUGGAAGCAACUGGUAUAUUGGCAUCUGGUAUGCCAAAAUACCAGAGAAGACGAUUGUUUGGGUGGCAAACAGGGAGACUCCAGCCAGAAACAGGUCUGGUGUUUUGAAGCUGUCAAGAGAAGGUAAUCUGGUACUGUUCGAUACAGAGGGUGCUUCUAUUUGGUCUGUCAACAUGUCGAAGAAGGCCUCCCGGGCUGUGAUAUUGGAUUCUGGUAAUUUUUUAAUGCUGAGCGGUAACAAUAAAUCUGAAACUGUUUGGCAGAGUUUCGACAAUCCUUUAAAUGCAGUAUUGCCAGGAAUGAGGUUUGGUGGACAGCAAAAGCUAGUUUCUUGGAAAAACUCACUGGAUCCCGCUCCUGGGCUUUUCUCCUUGCAUGUGGAUCCAUCUGGGGCCAAACAAUUCGUGGUUACAUGGAACAAUUCUGUACAGUAUUGGGAGACUGGAACUUGGGAAGACAAAAUUUUCAGUGGACUUCCAGGCCUGAACAAGAGCUUUCAUAUGAUUGUUGAAAGUAGUAGCUCUGGUUUGUAUUUCAGUUAUACAUUGAAGCCUGAAUACACUGUGCUCUCACGUUACGUCCUAACAAAGUUCGGAGGAAUGCAAGUCAAUGCUUUUGUUGAUGGCAGUAAAUGGAACACGUACUGGUCUCAGCCCGGAGACGCAUGCGCCGUAUAUGGUCUCUGUGGUGCUUAUGGAACCUGCAACUCCAACUCAGACAAUGGCGCGUGGGAUUCACAAGACUGGGGGUCCAGUGGCUGUGUUCGAUAG